UUAAAAUUUUGAAUAAUGUCUAAAAUUAUUUCAACUAAUUUAGAAUCUAGAUAGUUUGCUAAAUUGUUUAACUAAAAUAUUAACUUUCUUUUUUCACUUUGUACGUGUAGGUUAAUUAAUCAUUAAUUAUGACAAAUUCUAAUUGGCCACUAGAACCAUGCCCAUCUGGAUAUGUAGGCACCCAUCCUAAAGGUGCUGGAGAUAGGGCUUGGAGGUAUGCCUAUGAAGGACCGGAUCCUGGGACAAUGAUUUGCAUAAAAUGUGAAAAAAUACUUCAUGGAGGCAUAAAUCGCCUCAAAUACCACUUUGCAGGCAUAGACAAGCAUGAUGCUAGAGAAUGCAUUGGGACCACUGAUGAAAUAAAAAGAGAAAUGAAUGCCGUACUUGCAGAUGGGGAAGAGAAGAAAUUGCAAAGGGAGAGGGCAAAACUAGCCAUGAGAUCAGCCAUAGCUAAUUCUCAAGGUGCUUCUAUUGACAUUGAAGAAGAAGAAGAAGAAGCACUUCAGGGCAUAUUGGGCUCUCGUCGUGGCCCACGUAUCCGCAAACCCAACACCACCUUGCCCAUCGCUUCUGCUUCCUCUAGUAGAGUACCUAGCAUUGCUGCAUCACCAUCAAGGACACAGUCCAUAGGUAGUUAUUUUGUGCCCAGGAAUACACCUAGAGCACAACCAUCAUUAGAGGCCAGUGGAUGGAAUAGGGAGGCACAUGAGAAAGCAGACAUUGUAGCUGCUGAUUUUUGGUACUUCAACAACAUCCCAUUCAAUGUGGCAGACAAUCCUUAUUGGCUGAAUUUGGUGACCGCAAGGAUAGUUGCAGGAAAGUGGUACAAGGCCCCUUCUUGCAGGGAUUUGAGUGAGAGGUUGCUCAGAAAUACAGUUGAUAGGGCAAAAGAAGUGAAGGACCAAAGAAAUGAAGUGGAGAAAAUAUGGCUGCACCAUUUUUCCGAUGGGUGGACAGAUGGCAAAAACUACACCAUCAUUAAUUUUUUGGUUGUUUGCAAGGACAAUAUUGUGUUCUUGAAAUCGGUUGAUGCCUCCAGUAAGGUGAAAAAUGCAAAAACAUUGGCUGGAAUGUUGGAGCACAUUGUCAUGGAGGUGGAAGUAGAGAAUGUGGUGCAAAUCAUCACAGAUAAUGCAACAACAUAUGUGGCAGUAGGUAGAAUCCUCCAAGAUAGGCACCCCACUCUUUUUUGGACACCUUGUGCAACACGUCCUUGACCUUCUUUUGGAGGACAUAGGAAAACUUGAUUGGGUGACUCCAAUUGUGGAAGAUGCAAGGAGGAUCACGAAAUAUAUUUACAAUCACUCUUGGGUUCUACAUUUGAUGAGAGAGCACACCCAAGGGAGAGAUUUGGUGAGAGCUGGUGUCACAAAGUUUGCAACGAUUUCUUGACGUUGCAAAGCAUUCUUGCUGCAUUGAUUUCUUUGAAACAAAUGUUUGUGAGUCAAGCAUGGCUAGACUCACUUUAUUCAAAGAAAGCUGAAGGAGAGGGUGUCGCAUGCAUAGUCUUUGACAAUCAUUUUGCACAAAAGGCUGUAGAGAUUGUGAAGGUGUCAGAGCCCUUGGUUAAAGUUCUCUGCUUGGUAGAUGAGGAAAAAACCCCAAUGGGGUGUAUUUAUGAGGCCACAGAUAGGGUCAAGGAGUCUAUAAAAAAUUACUACAAGGGGGAUAGACUCAAAUUUGAUCCCAUUUGGGAAAUUAUUGAUAAGAGGUGGAACAAUCAACUCCACCAACCCAUUCAUGCAGUAGGGUACUUCCUCAACCCUCAUUUUAAGUUUGGGGGUUCUUACUCGGAUCCUAAUGGAGAGGUCAUGGAGGGCCUCACUACAUGCAUUCAAAGGAUGAUACCCGAUGUUGAGGUGAGAGACCUCAUUGUGGCCGAACUCCAAAAUCAUGAGGAAGCAAGGGGUAAGCUAUUCUCUUCAGAGCUGGCCAUAAGAGGAAGAACCACUCAAACCCCAGAUGCUUGGUGGCAAAGUUGGGGUGGAAAUUCCCCAAAUCUCAAAAAAUUUGCCCUCAGAAUCUUAUGUCAGCCUUAUAGUUCAUCCAGUUGUGAGCACAAUUGGAGCUUGUUUGAAGCCAUCCACACAAAGAAGAGGAGCAAGUUAGCACAAAAACGCCUCAAUGACAUUGUCUUUGUGCAAUAUAAUCUUCGGUUGCGCAUAAGGAAGGUAGAGGAAGCAUUAGUUGGUCCACUUGACUUGGAUGAUAUAGAUCCUUACAGUGAUUGGACAUCACAGGAGUAGCCAACAUUGUUUAUAGAGGAUGACAUCACUGAUUUGGAGAGGCAGGCUAUGGAGGAGGAGGGCGGUGGAUUUGUUUUCACGUUGGAUGACAUUGAGGAGGAUGAAGAGUCAUUGCCAGUGCCAGGAGCAGGUAGAGACAUAGCUUCAUCCAGGAUGGAGGAUGAGCCACAGCCUGAGCUAGACAUACCGAGCGAGGAGGCACAGUCACACUCACGAGUCACGCCACGCCCACAACAGACUUCUAGGACUAGACCCUUUAGUGCUACCUCUCCUCCAGUUUAUACUAGAACUGGGAAGAGGAAGAUGUAAUUGUAAUGAUGUAUUUACUUUUAGUUUUACAAAAACUAUUUACUAUUUUGCUUCUAGCCAUCAACAUUCCUCAUGAGGAUGCAAUUUUGUACCCACUUUGCAUUUAAAUAUAUCUAGACUCAGCUUGUUUCUUUUGUGUUCUCAUUUAUUGACUCAUUGGAUGCAUCUUCUCAUUGAAUUUUGCCAAAAAAAUGCAUUUCUAAUUAAAUUUAAGCGUGUUUUUAAGUUGCCGAGUUUUUGCCGAGUAUUGGUCGAUUUUUUCUUGAGUUUUUUUUUCAGGCCUUGGCGAGUUUUUGCUAAUGGCGAGUAGUUCAACUAUGGGUAAUAUACCCCGUUCACACCAACAUACAUGACAUAAGCCCACUAUUAUGAAAGAUGCCAACUAGAGAUUGGCACAAUCUCAUUGGAUUGUUUUAACUGAAUUUUGGGACCAGCGAGUAGUUGCCUUAGGUUUUGAUGUGGUCUUUGGGUUUUCUUGCGUUUUAGGAUUUUUGAAUGAUGCACAAUGAAAGGAAUUUGCAAAAUACAACUAAACUAAUACUGAAAAUUAAAUUCAGAAUUUCUGAUUCCCUCUAUUGCAGCAAACAAUAUGACAAAGAAUGACUAAUUUAUUCCACAUGGGCUCAAAUAGCAUAACAGGUGUCCAGAUCUUGCCUGGUUGAGCUUCUUUAUUUUAUUGAAUUGAAUGAAAAGUUGAUAUAGGGGCUUCCACAAUGUGACAACAACUCCAAUAUGUUUUAUUAGCAUUGAUAUGAAUUACCAAAAACAAAUAAUGAAGAAUUGUGUAGACCUAAUCUGAUUUCCAAUUCCUUGCCAGGCGUGACCCUCCAGAAAUGAUGAAUUUCCCUAAAUUAUUGCCGAUGUAGUCCACAUAUACCCUGAUAACCUUGAAUAUGUUGUCUCAAUUUUUGAAAAUUCAAAAAUUUGACAAACCCUUACCAAAUCUUGGUUUAAAUGUGUCGUUUUUGUCUCCAAGGCAUGUUUUACGAGGUGCAAAACUCAUAUUUGAUAGGGUCAAAUCGUCAGGGGAUGUCUUUGCCAUUAUUGUUCAAGUUUUGGUGAGUUUUGGCCUUCAUUUUCCUAGCUUUUUCUUUAAUUUUGGGUUUUAGAGCAUUCACUGGAAGUAGAAGAUUUUGGCUUGAAAUUUGAGAUUUUAAGGCUCUAGGGCAUGCUUC